AUGCCCUCGUUUCUGAAGUUCGCUGCCGCGGCUCUCGCCGUCGCCGCCCCUCUGGCUUCGGCCCAAACCUACACGAGCUGCAAUCCCCUCGACAAGACCUGCCCGGCCGAUGCUGGUUCCACCGAGUCGAAUCUAAGCUUUGACUUCACUCAGUCCGGUUCCCUCGACAAGUGGACCACCACUGCUGGCACAGUCAACACCGGCCCAAAUGGUGCCGAGUUCACCAUCGACAAGCGCGGUGAUGCUCCCACCAUUGAGACCGACUUCUACCUUUUCUUCGGUGAAAUUUCCAUUACCAUGAAGGCCGCACAUGGCACCGGCAUCGUCAGCUCCCUCGUUUUCGAGUCGGACGAUCUUGAUGAGAUCGAUUGGGAAGCUCUGGGCGGCAACACCGGGCAGAUCGAGACCAACUACUUCGGUAAGGGUGACACCUCGACGUACGAUCGCGCCACUUGGCCUGUGGUCUCCGAUCCCCAGGAUAUCUGGCACACGUACAAGAUCUCGUGGCAGAAGGAUGCCCUCACCUGGUACGUUGACGGCAAUGCUGUCCGCACCCUGACCUACGCCGAUGCCAAGGACGGAUCCCGCUACCCGCAGACCCCCAUGCGCGUGCGCAUCGGUAUCUGGGCCGGUGGUGAUCCCAGCAACGCCAAGGGCACCAUCGAGUGGGCCGGCGGCGAGACCAACUACGCCGGUUGCCCCUACACCAUGUACGUCAAGAACGUCGAAAUCGUCAACUCCAACCCCGCCGCGAGCUACACCUACGGCGACAAGUCCGGCUCCUACCAGAGCAUCCAGAUGUCCGGUGCCGCUGCCCUGAGCGAGUCUUCCGCGAGCGAGACCACCACCGCGACCUCCAGCUCCAGCUCCAGCUCCACCGAGGCCUCGACUGCGGCCACUACCCUGGCCACCACCACCCACUCCUCCGCCUCCGCUCACACCACCGCUGGUUCGACCACUGGCUCCUCCUCGGAUGCCUCUACCACUGGUUCUAGCUCCACCGGUUCCAGCUCCGGCGUCAGCUCCGGCGCCAGCUCCGGCUCAGGCUCUGGCUCCACCAGCGGCUCGGCCUCCAGCACUGGCACUGGAUCGGGCUCUAGCUCUGGCUCUGGCUCUGGUUCCAGCAGCACCACCGCUGGCUCCGGUUCUGGCUCCAGCUCCAGCAGCAGCGCCAGUGCCUCGCCCACUUUCAACGCUGCCGCCAGCGUGGCCGCCAACUACCUUGGCCCUCUCGGCCUCCUGGCCCUGGUCUCUGCCUUUGUCCAGCUUUAA